UUUUGUGAGUUUUGUGCGGAAAAAAUGAAAACAUUCUCGUGUGAUCUUUUUCAUUUAAUUUCUAAUGACUUUUCACGCUUUUCCGUGGUGUUUUCCCACAUAAAAUGAAUAAGGUGUCCAAGAAUGAGAGUGUCAAAGUUGUUUGCAGUAUAAAUCCGAAUAUUUUGAAGCAACUGGGACUCGAUGCGCAAAUAAAGAACGCCCUCGCCAAGGCAGGCAAUCCAGAAAAACCAACCCAGACAGAACAAACGGAACAAGUAGCAGAACCACAAGUUCCACAAAAAGUCACUGAAGGGAAAUUCUUGUGCCCAGAGAAGAAAAUCCAGAUUCUGAGGCAGGAGAGAAUUGAUCCAAAUCUCACAUCGGAGAUCCUUCAGACAUUACCACACGGGGAAGCCAUCAGGUAUACGCAUAUUAUUGAGGGACGCUUCCGGGGGUACAGUGAGAAGCUUCCGGAAAAGUCAUUGUUACCCGAUAGGGUGGAAAUUGUCCUACAGGACCCCAUUGAAGGUGAGAAGAAUGAUUUUUUAAACCAAAUAGAGGAAGUUGAGGUGCAGCAAAUUGAUGAGAAAGUAGAAAAUUCACAAGAAGGUGAUCUCAUUGAGGAAAUUGAGUAUUUAGUUGAGGAAGAGGAAGUAAUUUGUGAGGAAGCUGUUGAAGAGCAAUUCCCCGAAGAAUUUCCCAAAGAGGAGAAUCCAAUUAUUUUCUUAGAAACCCAAGAAAAUCCCAUUGUUGUGGGAAUUUCACAAGAAAUUCUCCCUGAAGAGCUUGUCACAGAGGAAGUCCCUCAGGAAGAUUGCACAAAAGUCCCUCCGGGGGAAGAAGAGACUGAAAUUCUCGAAAGGAGUUUUUCCGGAUCUGAAGAGAGCUUCAGAGGUUUCUCACAAACUUCGGAAGUCUCUGAAAAUUCUCACCAAGAGGCUUAUUUAGGUGAACAAAGCAAUUCCGGAAGUUCUCAGGAAAUAUCAAGAGAAGAACUCAGUCAGGUUGAGGAAGAGAACAAAUCCUUUAACGUAGAGGAAUACGAAGAAGCCCCAAAACUCUCAGCUAGACGCUUUAGAUCACUGUCAGAUACAAUAGUUAGCAUCCGGUCUAGAAUAUCAAUUCACAGAGAGGCAGAAAAAUUAGCAGAAUCCUUCAGGAAUAAUCCAGAAGAAACAGAUUCUUCUUCUGAAGCUUCAGAUUUGUCUGAGAGUUCAUCCGAAGAUUCAAGUGAAGAUUCAUCUUCGUCUAAUUCAUCGAAAAGCAGUCAUAUUGAAUUUCUCCUGAAAUACGUAGAUAGGGAGCGAUUGAUUAAGGAUAUUCUUGAACAGGAGAAAAAAUAUUUAGACAGAAUGAUGGUUGAGCAGUUUGUUGAAUCUGACUUUGACGAGAGAGAUCCGUUGGAAGAUGAAGAAGUCAGAUCUCCUUUAAGGCCAUUUCAAUUGAAGCAGGAACGUGAAAGCCAAACAACGGAUACUGCACAUGAUCUAAAUCUUGUUAGUCCUAAGUCUUCCAAAACAGUUAAGGAUCUGCCUACAAAAGAUCAGGACACUUCUAUUAUGUCAGAAGGAUCUCAGAUUCAAAGAGAACACAAAAAGCUCACUGUUAGAGAUCCAAAAACUCUCAAUCAAUCCGUUGAAGCUAUUCUCCAGACAUCUGACGAAGUAAAAAGUUUAUCAAAGUCUCCUGUAAAAAGGGAAGAGUCUUCCGAAAGGCAAUCAACACAUGGCAAGACUGGAAGUAAAAAGAAACUAAAGUUUGUACCAAAGCCUGUUAGUCAGAUUUUGGAGAAACCCAGAAACCGGUCAAAAAACUCUGAAACCUUAAUCGCUGAACCGUCUAAUUCAUGUUCAGAAAGUCUCAGCAGUUUGGACAGAUCUGCUAGUGAAAAGCAGGCUUGUCUUGAUCCUUUAAAUACUCUUUCGGAAAAUCCUAACAUAGUUCCGGAACAACUAGAAGUCUGUAAGUCAAGUAAAAAGCAGAAGAGAUUAAACAGUCCAACGUUGAAAAGUGAAGAGAAUCCAGAGGUAGCUUGCAAAAGACGAAAAGAGGUGGAAGAAGAAGCUUCUUCAAGUCAAAUAACAAGUUUACCAAUUCAGACGUCUUGUUUACAAGAAGAGGCUUCAUCCUUUGUUGAGCCUGAGCCUCAACGUCAAUUAGAGACUGAAUGUGAUUCACCUGAAAGUGAACUCAUUGGCUUUCCAGAGGAGUCUUCCUUCCUAGAUACAUCAGGAGGAAGUGAGUUAGGAGACAAAGUCAUCACUCCUAUUCUCAUUAAACCAGAUCCCGAUAUGAUUGGCAUUAAGAUGGAAAAGCAAGAUUCGACAUUUGAAAAGCCAAGAAUGUCAACGAGAUCUAGAAGGUUACCGGCUAGAAUGCAGAACGAGGCAACGGAAAAUUCACAAGGAAGUAAGACUGUGGGUAAAGCAGAGAAACCGGCUCCGAAGAAGCCAUCCAAAGGACGUCGGAAGAAUGUUGAAUUCGUAAUAACGGAUGUAAGUGCAACGGAAGAAGAUGGAGCAGAUUGCAGGGAAACUGCUACGAAAUCUGUUGAGCCAAAAGACACCGUAACUUGUGGACGGUGCAACUUGACGAUGCCUACGGAUUCAUGGCAUAAGCACUACCUGAAUCACAACGGUGUAGCGUGGAGGGUUGAACUGGACUUUCCGCUCGACGUGGACGAUGAGCAGGUACGUGCUAGGAUAAUGCAGACGACAAUUAAGAGAUGCCGGCUGGGUUUUGUGCGAUGUGAGAAAUGCGGUGAAACCCGUAAAUCAGGCAUUGGACUCGUGAGUCACGAGAGAACGUGCGGGAAGACAAAGGAGGACAUUGCCAAUUCCAUGGUAGCCUGUGAAUACUGCGACAGGCGCAUCCUACCGUGUAGUCUCAAAGUACAUCAAACAAAUCACUGCAAAGGGUUGAAGAAACUUCAAGCAGAAGCAGCUGGAGAGCCCCUUCCGGAUGGGCCGGAGCAGGAGGUGGAGCCCGAAUACAGUAGUGCUGGACGCAUCAAGAGGAAGAGUACGCGUGUGGCGGAGGUGAAGUUUCAACGAGAACUCAGUCCAAAUGAUGAAGCAUUCAGCGGGAGUGGCUCUGAAGCAUCAAUGGGAAGUGAAUCUUCUGAUUCCGAUGGAUCAAGUGGAGCGGUGUCUGAACGGUCUGAGCAGAGUGAUAUGUUCAGUGAUAUAGCAGAAUACACCUUUAAGCACAAGGGGAAAAAGAAAAAGAAGAAGAAGAAGAAAUCGUCAAAGAAGUCUCAUUCAACUAGCGGAAAGCCUGCAGAGGAGUGCCGGAGAGGACCUUUUACAUUGCAAAAUUGGAAGCAAACAAGUGAGGAGAAUCUCAUGUUAUUCUACAGCAGUAACAUUAAGCAAUUUCGAGCUAAAAAUCACAGCUCUUUGCCAAUUUUCACAAAGUGGAUGCCACAGAUUGUUGUGCCGAGUGCUGAUGAAGACUUCACGGAGUACAUGCCAAAGUGUAGGAGAUCAAUUUACUACGAUCAACUGAGAGUGGGGCACUACAAGGUGUCCUAUGGGGGUGUCUCAAGUAACACACUGUCGCAACUUGAGUGCUUUGAGGGUGUUGUCGGUGGGAGGAGUCCCCCAAUUCUCUACUGUGGUGCUCCUGUUUUGUCAUUUGAUUGGCUUAUUGAUCCCCCCGAAGAGGCAGAUGGGGAGAUUUUGGCCAUUUCAUGCGCAUCCACCUUUCGCAGUACCUACGCGUACACCCACACAGAUCCGGAAAAGACGAUCAUUCAAAUUUGGAAUGUUGGCCCCCUCGGUGGGGGGACAAAUAAGAUUUCCUUCCUGUAUGGCAUUGCCUUUGAAUGGGGUCCGGCAUUUUCGGUGAAAUUCUGCCCAAGUGGAGGAUAUUACCCGGCAGAACGUCUUAGUUUGUUGGCUGUUUCCUCCUGUAUUGGCAGCAUUAUGAUCUUUAGUCUUCCCCUGCAAAGUGGGACGAGGAGAAUUUUAAAAUUAACCCCAUCUGUGAUCCUGGAGACGCGUCAAAUGAGCUUAGUUGCAACAAUGACAUGGUCAGAGAUGAAGGGGCAUGCCUUUGUGGCUGCUGGAUUGUCAACGGGGAAGGUGUAUGUGUGGAAGUUGGAUGUGGAAUCGGCAUUGCUCCGGAGGCGGAAGGGAAGCACUGAAAUCAUGUUGCCAACACACAGUAUCAAUGCUCACAUCUACCCAGUCACGGUGAUCUUCUUUUCACGCAUUGAACAUCGAAAUCUCCUCAUGACGGGCAGCAUUGACAGAGAUAUCCGGAUCUAUGAUCUCACAGCUGGUGGCACGGAGAUCUCCACGCAUAAUUGCAAGAGUCAAAUUACCAGCGGAGUGUGGCCCCUCAAUUGGCCUGUGUACAUUUUUGGCAUUGACAAUGCAUAUCAGUGGUCACGUACUGAGAGUAUGCUCAAGCAUCCCUUCAACCUGCCCUACGAGGACACCCCAUUGAUUGUCCACACGCAGGAUCUCACAGAUCUCGAUGUGAGUGACUGGAGUAAUGUUUUGGUGGUUGGAUUGGAGUCUGGGGAUAUUUGUGCCAAUCUUCGGCAACAUUUUGGGCCACUUCCGCGCAAAAGUGACCUCUUCCGGCGUAUCCUCAGCUAUACGGACUCAAUUGUCCUUCCCGGUGGCGGCUCAGAAAAGGACACACAGGAUUCCUCCAGUUUCAUCAGCGAGAACUGUGGGAUUCUCUUCUGUGAUCUCAGCAAAGCGGUUGAUUUGAAAGCAACAAAAGUCUUCAGGAGUCGUCAUGUGGCUGAAUACCCUUUAACAAGGAUCAACAGGGUGGCCUUCAAUCCCAAUGAGAGGGCCAGCAAAUACUAUGCAAUUGGCUAUCAAGCUGGUUUUGUGCGUCUAUGCAAAAUUUAACCUUCAGCAGCAUCAUCAUCCUUCUCAUGCCCAUCAUUGGAUACUUUCUCAUCUUCAUGCUCCUCAAUGGCUUCCUCCAGGGCAGCAAUGUCCGGCACUUCUUGCCCAUUUUGCACGGAUGACGUAUCUUCGUCCUUCUUCUUCUUUUUCUUCUUCUUCCCCCGCUUGCUGACCUCCACGUGCUCCUCCUCAACACCUUCACCCUCUUCACGAUUUGUAUAGCCCUCGGGGAAGAAGGCGGCACACUCCACUUCGCCCUGGACACAAUUCUGACUCACAAAGCAUGGACCCAAGGAAACAAGCUCAAGAACUGCAUCUGUCUCGGAUUUUGUUACUUUGAGUACCAACUUAUCGUUCACGGUGCGCUUCACCUAAUCAAGAAAAAAUAAAUUACAAAUAAGUUAAAUAGGAAGAGAGAAAAAAACAUUUUAAUCGUGAAAUUGAAAUUCUUUGUAUGAGAAAAAGGAAAAUAAGUUGAGACUGAAGAGCCAUAAAAUAAAUGAAAUAUCCUUCAAUUUGUUUUUUUUUCUUUAAGUUCUUAAGAUGGUAAAAAACGCGAGUUAUUGCAGAGAGAAGGAAAUAAAAUUGAGAAUAUGUCUCUACACCGAAAGAAAAAAUCACCAGAACUAGAGAAAUUUUUACUCUCACCCAGAGAGUAGCCCCAGUGGACUGUGUGUCUCCAGAAUGGGUACAUAGAGCCACUGAAUCGAAGACUAUUUGUCACCAAUGGAUAAGUUACAAAAAAAUCCGUGAAGAUGUCACCACGGUACUAAAUCAAGAACUGCAAUAUAACUGCAAUAAUUUUGUCUCAAUGCUUUGGUUAUGUUUACAUUUUCUCAAAAUGAAAAUAAUUAUUUUCAUUUAUGCCAGUUUCCCUGAAAAUAUGGAAGGAACAGGUUUUUUAUUCCUUCUCAACCGCUAAAAAGUGAAGAAAAUUGUGCGGUGCCGUGAGUGGACUGAAGUGAAAAGGCGUGAAAGCUGUAAAAGCUGAGGAUUCGGAUACAAACACACAAAGAACAAUUCGUGAAUUCAACAAAAGGCGUACGAGGCAUUUUUCCAUGAUAUUGCCGGACUUACGUCCAGCCUCAUGGUGACCUCCGUGCUAAUGCUCAUUCUCUGCAUCAUCUUCGUGGGAUCCUUUGAAAAAUUCUUAGGUAUACGCCGCCUCUACGUUAAUUCUUCCUCAAGAUAUUCAAGGUCAACACAAAAGAAGCUGCGGGGAUUGAGGGGGCGCUACGUUUCUCUCAUAGAGAGAGGAAAUUGCUCAAAAAUAUUGUACGAGGAUUCCGGACAGUGCGUUGUCUCUCUCAGCAAUCACGUUGCACACAAAUUGGGCAAUUUAUCUCUGUGUAUACGACGCAAUUUGACGGUCAUCGCGGCGGAGUCCGUAACUACACAGCUCCCUGACAGUUUUCCGUGUGAAGAGGACACUCCUGCACAUCCUAGAGAGCCUCCCCUGCGUGCCCCCCGUUCCCUAUUGGAGUGAGUAACUCAUGCUGUUGCAUAGUCGCACUGGACCUUGGAAUUUUGUUUUGUUUUUUUUUUCUUUGUUCGUUGCAGUCUGCUUGGGCGGGACUGGGAGCUCCGCGCACUACCUGCACAUUGUAAGCGAAGGGGAGUCUCCCAAGGAGAGUCUCGCCGAUCCUGCAGAGUUUUUCCGGUUUCCGGGGUCCAGUCUUCGUUCCACGGAGUUGAUUGGCCAGCCAUCCUCUCCCUCCACGGACAGACAGGAUGAUGCCUUUUCGUAGCCUGGAAGAGAACUAUUGAUGCUCUCCCUGGGAGACAAGAAGAGUGUCUAGGAGAACAAGAGGAACUUGGUCUGGGGACAGGCCUUGAAGCUUUUAUUCUCUGUAUAGAAUGUUAAUCUAAUCAAAAUAAAUACAUUGUGGAAAUGGGGGUAAUGGAGAAUAAAUAAGGUUCAAUCAAAAACGGA